UCAUUGUGUUUUUAUUUGUAUUUUACUGGCUGCUGUUUUUUUCCACCUACAUACUGCACAGAUAUACAUUUAGUAUGUGUUAAAAAGUGUGUUACAGUAUAUUUACACAUUUUUUAAUGAAUAUAAAUGUUAAGAGUCUGUGGGAGGGGUUAAACUGGAACAAUUAUUUUGUAAAUGUUCUUUCAUCAUGCAUGGGUACACUGCAUACAGCACAGGUGUCAAACUCAAGGACCGCCCCAUAAUUUUGUGUGCCUCCGAUUGCAAAUUAUGUCUGUCAACUUUCUUUCCUAAAUCUCCACCAAAAUGUAAAAUAUUUAUGUGUAGGGAAUAAUUUUGUUACCCUUUUUACAGCGACUUGAACAAUAAUUCACCAUCCUAUCAUCUUUGACAUCUAAUUUUAAAAUGAGUAAGCCAUCAAUUCAACAUUUAUUUGGUUUUGCCGUCAUAAUGGCCCAAUGAGGAAAGCUAACUACCCUACUAAACGUAAUUACAAAGUGGCCGACGACUUGUGUCUGAGUUUGAUGCCCCUGGUAUACAGCAACAACAUCCUAAUUUUUGGUGGCCAGAUCAUCUUUUACCAAGAGCAGAACUUCCAGGGUGACUAUUACGAGUGCAGCAGUGACUGUCCAGAGCUGAGUAGUCACUUGAAUCGCUGCAGCUCGGUGCGUGUCAAGAAUGGGGCCUGGGUUCUGUUCGAGAGGCCAAACUACCUGGGACGCCAGUACGUCAUCACCAGAGGGGAAUACCCAGACUACCACCACUGGAAGGGCAACACUGCCAGCGUCCGCUCCUGCCACGUUAUCCCCUAUUUUUCUGGCACGUUCCGAAUCCGCAUUUUUGAGAAACCUGACUUCAGUGGCCAGAUGCUGGAGUGCAUCCAAGAUAUCAAUCAACUAUCAGAUGUUUGGUCUCCGGGGGGCGUACACUCUGCCCAAGUGCAAGAUGGCGCCUGGAUCUUCUAUGAGCUUCCCGACUAUCACGGACAACAAUAUUUGCUGGAGAGAGGCCAUUACCGCCGCUUCGGUUUCAAAUAAGACCUUGGUGACGGACGUCACGCUGCGGAGGCAACUGGAAACAGCAUUGCUAUGGAAACCAAUGUGUGCGCCACUUAUCUGUAAUCCAUCAUCCAUGCUGGAUGUCACACCGAGAAAGCAUGGCCCAGCUAAAAAAAAACAAAAAAACUUGCUAGUUAACUUUAGCAAAGCAUUGAAGCACUCUAUUCAGUAUUAGUUCUCUUGUCAUGGUCCUUUUUACCCACAAGCAUACCUCACGUGGAUUUGUAAAAGCCGGUGUGAACUCAGUAUGCCUUGCUGUGCUGACGUCUUCUCGCACAACUCAUUUGCAUGUGAGAGAAACCGCCUGAUGACCCAAAAGUCUUCCCUUUGCAUCAUUUAGUCCCAAACGUUUGCUAGCGCAGUCAAUAAAUUACACAGUAAAUCAUAAUUUUAUGUCAUCCAUCAUAUCAUU